CCUUAACCUGCCCUGUGCAUUUCUAAAAGUAUGCUGAGGUUUGUAAACAAGCUUCGUUCGGUCUGCGUGUUAAGUGAACUCAGCGCAUUUAGUGUGGAUCAGCAGUUUCUAACCCACAUCGUAUACAGAGCUGACUUUGUUGAACUCCGUUUACAAGCUGCACCAAAUCCCCCCGCUGCAAGAUGUCACCAUCCCCUUGUCUGCCAACGGGUCAGGCCGAGACACUGCCGCCUAUGCCAGAGCUUAAAAAACUGUCAAGUUUGCGUAGACGUAGGAAGUUACCAUCACAGGGACCAAACCAAGCUGGGAAAGAAAGAUGUGUUCCUUGUGUCGACAUACAAUCCUCGGCGUCAGGACAAAUGGCAACAUAUCUUUCCACAGACGCGCAUGAAACAACGCCAACCCUCACAGUACAUCACAGGAACCGCACAGAGCAAGCGAUGCACACUAAGGCGUCCUAUAUGCAACAAAGGAUUCCUCCAGUUAGAUCACAAGAUUCUCUAAAUUUCACUGGAUAUUUUUCUCCCUCUGGGUAUACCACAGAUCAUCUUUCCUCGCAGCAUACAUUUCCAUCAACACAGCAGGGAAACCAGCCAACCCACACAGUACCUCACGGGAACCACACAGAGCAAGCGAUGCAUACUAAGGCGUCCAAUAUGCAACAAAGGAUUCCUCCAGCUAGAUCACAAGACUCUCUAGAUUUCACGGGAUGUUUUUCUUCCUCGGAUCAUCUUUCUUCACAACAUACAUUUCCAUCAACACAGCAGGAAAAACAGCAGAGGUUCGACCCAAGUCGCAAUGUAUCCUCCCAGCAUAACGAGUGGAGGAGACAAAUGCAACUUCAGCAAUCCCAGGUACCCCAUCCUCGCCACAGGAAUGCCCAACAUAGCUAUGGACAGGAUUACAGGUCUAACUUACAUGCACACUAUCCAAAUUACAGUCAGUACUUCGGAAAUGCUGGCUACCAAGCACACGUAGAAGGAAGGAAGGAGUCCCAUCAGCCACGGCUUCCACACCAGAUGGAUCCGUUUUCUAGACAGGGAAUGCAACGCUUGCCUCAGGACCCUAUGCAAAUGUACCGGCAAAACGGACCAGGCUUGCAAUACCAAUAUCAAAAUCAAGUAAAUAGAGAAGAAAACCAAAGACAGUAUCAGUCACAAAUGCAGGUAUACAAACAACAAAAUCAGGAUCAUAACCAAAUUAACCGCAUGCAUCAGUAUCAUAUGCAAAUGCACCAGCAAAAUGGACAGAAACAAUAUAGACUAGAUCUGCAUUACAAUGCCCGACAUCAAGUACAAAUGGGAGAAAAGCAUCGAAAGGCACACACGGAAGAGCAUCCUGUGAAUAUGAAAGCGUGCAGAGAACAAAACCAGUAUCAGAAUUAUAUUAAGCACUGUCAGACACAGUUCAGUCAAUCCAAAACUCAACAGGUGCACAGAGCAGAGGAAGAUAAAGAAUUGCCACAGCAGACGAAUCAACUACUCCAUAAUCAACAAGGCGUAGGCGGGAGUUUAGAACAGUGUUGGCAAGCCAUUCAUCGUCAGCUGCAUUUCCAGAACCUCACACUAGAGAGGGGAAAGGCAAACGAAUCUUCUCCCAAAGAUAACGCUAACGUUGCUGGUUCUCCCAAGAGCGAUGUUACUCCCCCGGAAGAAAAUACUCACAGUCCUCCGAAUCUCCUCAACGGUAAUCCUCAAAGCCAAAUGGAUUCUCCGUCAGGAGAGACUGACGAAAACCACACGCAACAUCAUCCCCAGACGAGCCACGACAUCGUUUCUUCUCCUUCGUCUGUAAGUGAGGACCUGGAACAGACCACGAUGGUUGGAGGCCACACACUUAUCUCAGCAGAAACUUUCUUAUCUUACCUGAAGACGUCAGCUGCAGAGGAAGACAACGGAGGUAAAACUCAUACUCCGGUAUCUGCACCACACAGCAGCUAUAGAGUCAACAUUAAGACAGGCGCAUCGAUCAGGUUUAUUGACCUCCUUGAUGAAAGUGAAGAUGGGGAGGACGCUACAGUCUCCCCGCGAAGAUCCUCCACGAGCACAGACCACGAAAAAGAAAUGAAUUACUUUGAUGACUCAGAAAAUAAUGCACAUCUCGGUUCUUCAUCUCCCGUUUAUAAACAGGUUGACCGGAAUUCGGAUUCCGAAAACAGCUUCACAGAUAAUAUGCAGAGAGAAAUGGUCCGAGAAAUCUACACAGAGGUUACCGAGCUAGAUGGCAGUUUUCAACUUACAAACGUGUUGAAGCCAUCCGAGGGUAUUCCGACGCUAGUUGGUUGUGAUACCCCACAUUAUAGUGAUCCUACAAGACUAGAAUACCGUGAAAUAGAAACAGGGAGAUGUAAAAAACCCAGAAAAUAAUGUCUCUUCCGUUUAUAAACAGGGUGAGGACAACGCUGUGGACAUCCAAACUGAUAACACACAAAAAGAAAUUAUUGAAGAAACCCAUACACCAUCUAACUUUUUACGUGAGAGCGCACCCACAGUAAUCGAUUGUGUCACACCACCUGCAAGUAAUCCAACAACACCAGAAAAUCACGAAGAAAUGGGUAAAUAUGAUGAGUCCGAAAAUGAUACAAUACUCGAUUCUUCUUCAGUUCAUAAACAGGCUGACCGGGAUGUGCACAUCAAUCAUAACUUAAAUUAUGACUCGCAAAGAGAAAUGGACGAAGGAAAUCAACCAUCAAACACCUCUUCAGAGAACGUGGAAAUAGGUAUUCCUCAGUGUGUCUCCUUUCCGUCAGUAGAAACUCCCCCACAACCCGGCAGUUUCCAACCUGCAAUUAUGUUAGACGCGUGUAUAAAUGAUCGUUUAACACCACCAGAUAGUGAUCCUCCAACACCAGAAAAACAUGGAAAAGACACUAAUAAAUGUAGGAACACAGAAGAUGCAUUAUCCCGUUCUUUCUCUGCCGUUCAUAAACGGAGUGGCGAGAACACGCACUUCAAGAACAACAUAUCAGAGAACACGCAAACAGAACUGAGCAAGAAAGUUCCUACACCACCUGGAUUCGUAUCAGAUUACUUGAAAUUGAGUUGACUCGAGGUGUCUCUCCUCAGUCUGUCGAUGCUACUCCACAGUCUGGCAAUAUUCGAACUGAAAAUAAGUCAAAGCCACGUAAAGCUCCCAUAUUCAUCGUUCGUGCAGCACGGUUUAAGAGGGAUCCCAAAACAUCAGGGUAUAAAUCAAAAGCAAAGAAGCAUCGCAGGACACCUAAAAUAAUUGCAAAAAUUCCUACACAUAUAGGUGAUUGUACUUCCUCUGUGGGUGCUUUAACACCAUCUACACCAGAGGCAAAUAAUGUGAACGUUUCUACACCACAGACUGUUGCUUCUACACCACCUAUGAUUGCGGUACAAAUGAUAAAUGUUCCACAAUAUACACUUGUUUUGCCACCAUUAACAAAUACUGUGACAUCCGCAUAUACGUUCCCAUCACCAUGCAUUUCUACUUUACCGCUUCUGGAUAGUAAGACCCCUGUGCAUAAAAUUACUUCAGGGGGCCCUUCUGUCCAUCCAAUAGAACUACCUGCACAAGCUGCAACUGCUGUGACACCUGCAGAUUCUGGUGCUUCAACCUUACCACUCGCAGUGCCUUCACCGCUUGUAGUUGCUAAUUCUCAGACUGUUCAAGAGUAUAGUCCUGCACAACCAGCAGAAGUAUCUAUGCCAUCGGUAGAUGCUAACAAACCACCAAUACAUGCAUCUGAGCCUUCUGUACAAACUCAAGAAACACCUGUAGGUCCUAGCAAUGGAACUGUAAAUAACCCGAGUCCAUCUCAGAUGGUUCAAGAACUACCCGUACAAGCUCAAAAAUUACCCGAGUUAGUGCCUUUCCGACCUGUGAGGCGCAAAAAACGUGUUUCAGAACAUCCUUCCCCAAGGACUUCGCAAGUAUUUGCAAUUUACUUGAAAAAAGGGAAAAAAACACAAAGUAAUCAUUCAGAAGUUUAUGCCGCAGGUGUACCAAGAAUGGACACGGGUCAUCACGAACAAAUUUUACAAAGAACUGAUUUCACAGCAAGAAUUCGGAUAGGUUUAGAUGCACCAGACAAAACCAAGAUGGAAAAUGGUUGCCACAAACGAACUUUUGACAUUGACUUAACGAAAGAUGAACGACCUGUUAGAUGCACGCCAGACAGACAUGCGACGAGGCAAGAGAUAGAAAGGAGUUGCCACAAGAAAACGCUGCAGGAUAAUUGUUCAGCAACAGGUGUCCAGCCUGCUCCAAGUGCACCGGACGGAUUCGAAUCUGACCCAAGUUAUCACGAGCAAAUUAUGCAAAGAAAUGAUUUAACAAAUGCUUUGGAUGCUUCAGACGCGUCAGGCACAAAAGAGAUAAACACUAACUACCACAAGAAGACUUCGCAGGAUUCAUCUCCAUCAAAUAGUAUUCAGCUUGAUCUAAACGCCAAAGAGAGAACCAAUGUGAUAAGUCAUUGUCUUAUGCAAGCUUUCAAUGUCAGUGAUUUAGCAACAUGUAAUCCAAGCACGCCGUCCAAACACUAUUAUGAAACUAGUCAUUUCAAACAACAAAUGAUAAAUGGCGUAGCAAUCUUCAUGAAAGCUGACCUGUUCCCAAACGCCGGUGAGAGACCCAAACUUGAGACGGCGGUGCAGUGUCUUACAUGCUACGAGACUGUGGAAGGCGAGGAGGCCUGCAACCACAUGUUCUUUGGUCAGCUGAAAUGCGAGAAGUGCAACAAGAUCAUCCCCAGCUGCCAGGACCUGCAACGCACCCUCAGCUCCGUCGAUAUGUGCAAGAUGAACUCCAGAAGACCACACCGUUACACCGACUGGUGCGUCUCGCCCAUCGACUUCCUCUGCUACAGGUUACGCAAACGGAAGUCGGAAGAGGAUGGAUCGGGUGUUCCGUCAUUCAUAUCCACGUUGGAGGCUAUGGAGAGGUACCUCGAGAUCCUGUCCCCACUGAAGAACAUGAAACUAUGGAAAUCCGCGAUGAAGAAAUGCAAGGCUUUCACGACAAUGAUGGUAGCGUCGUCUCGCCAGCAGGAAGACCGGAAGAAGAGGCAAAGGAACCUAAAUACGACCGAGAAAAAGAAACAAAAGACGAAAUAAAACUGAAAAAUUACGAAACCAUGUUGAGUGAAAAUAACGAGACAAUGACACCACUAGAAACAAAAGCAAUAUAAAACUAUGUUUUAGAGUAAAAAAGUAAGGUGAAGUAAAAAUAGAAAAGACUACAAAACGCCAAUGGUACAAUUAAAACCAAAAAUGCAAAUAUUGUGAGUAAAAAGAAAAGAAUGGUGCUAUUUUCACAUUUUUUAUACCAUUUUAUUUUAUUUUUUGUAUGAUUACUUAAUAAAUCUGUAAACAGUUAAAAA